AUGCGUGUUUUAAUUAAUACAACAAAUCAUGAUCAUGAUCAAGUUAAAGUUAAAAUAGAUAUUACAUAUCAGCGAUGGAAUCAGUUCGAUUUGGUUCGUAAUCGUUUAUACCUGCUAUGGACAGAUUUUUAUUUUAAUCUUGAAAUUGAUGACGAAGAUUAUGCUGAUCAACAUGGUUCGUCAAAAGCUUCAUCAAAUACGCUCAAAAUUGAUUUGCAUUUUAAGCAUAGUGCAGGUAAAAUGUCAUCACUAACGAAUUCUAGUCAAGAAAAUGAAGAAUAUAAUCGAUUAUCAUUUUGGAAGAUGAAACAUGUUUCUUAUCUUAUUGUGGCGAUGGUUGCUACUCGUGUUUUAACUGUACUAGCUACCAGGGCAGCUGUUGAACGCGAGUUCAGUUUUACUGGUAACAUUAUUACACAAAACGCCACAAAUAAAUAUUCACCACUUGAUAAAAUAUUUGGUGAAGAUGCGGGUUUGUUUAAAGUACUGGCAAAAAUACGACACUCAUAUGCUAAUCAAAUGUUAGGACAGAAAUUCGAAGUUCUAAAGGUGAACUUGAUAUCUCGUCGGGUAACAAUUAAAUAUUUUCACGAAUAUUUAUUUGAAAAAAAAAAUUGACUCUUUGCAAAUUAUUUUAUCAUUCUCAUCGCGUAAGCUUAUCAUUGUUUAUUGUAGGAAAUGCUAGUAAGUCCAUCUUAUGUAUUUUUGUACAAUUUUGUCUUAAUUUUGUUAAAAUUAAAUAACUUGUAUACGUGAAAAUAAAUUUAAAAUAUUAAAGAAAAUUCAGUGGGUUCAAAAAAACAUCUCAAUAGGCCUUGACCUAACAAUCUAUGAUGCAAAACAAAUACCUUAUUUUUAGCAAUUCAUGAUUAGUUAUUAUAAUAGCAUUAUUUCUUUUUUUUUGUUGAUUACACUUUGAAAUGGUUAGAUAAUGAGAUAAAUGAUCAUUCAAACUGUCAAGAAUAAUGAAAAUUGCAUCAAUCAAACAUACAAUAGUAAUACCUUGUGAGAUAGGCAAUAAGAAAGACAAAAAGUGUGAUGAUACAGCACUUUUUUCCUUGUGCAUGAAUAUAGAUGAUAUUAAAGGACAAAAGAAUUAUUUUAUCUAUAAUAUGAUACAAAUACAGGAAUGAAAUGGAUGCCUUUAUUUUAGGUUGAUUCAUUUAUUUCUUUUAAUGAGUUAAUUUAUUAUUCUUUUCAUGUGCUAAUGCAUUAUCUUACACACAGUAUAUUAGGUUAUAAUAAAUUUGAUACAGAUGUAUGAAUAGUUUAUGUUGAUGGUUCUUUGACUGAUGAUGGUGUCUAUGAAAUAGAUACCGGAAUAUCACGUGUUAUGAAUUAUGUGGAAAAAUAAAAGAUUUUAGCUGGUUUUUAAAUUUUUAUUUGAUAUUUUAAAAUAUAGCAUGUUUAUACAAAUAUAAUUUACUUUUUUUAGUCAUAUAAUGACAUAGAAGGUCAUAUACAAUCAUUCAAGAGAGAGAGAGAGAAGAAAAAAAAAACAAUUGAAUAAGGAUUAUAUUUUUACCCUUCGGAUAGUUUAGGUUGUAAAUAUUGUGUUAAAGAUGUUGAUUUAAGCUAAUUCAUCAAUAAUACCGUUCUUGCUGAUACGAAGCUAGACGAAAUGAUAAAAAAAUUUGGAAGAAGAUGUUUAGACUGUAAAAUCUUAUACUCACAUAAAAAUGAAUUAGAGAUUGCGUUUUUUUUAAAUAUGAUGCUCAGUGAUUUAUAGAUUUAUAUAUAUGUUUAUAUAUCUAAUAUAAUGACUAAAAUAUUUUGAUCAAUUCAUUUCCAAUAAUGAUUUAUGUUCUAAAUACAAAUGUGGAUGGCAUCCGCAAUCACCAUCAGAAAAGCAUUAUUAAAGCAGAGACGGUACAAGAGUAAAUAUUGCUGUGUCAUGGUUUAUAGUUUGGCUGUCGUCUUCUUAUUACACGUUUUCUUUUGAUUAUCAGCAUUGCCGAUACCUUCAAUAUAUAUAAAGAUGAAAAUAAAGUAUUUUAAAGAAGCUCAAAUGGAUAUUUUAUUAAAGUUAAAUCUUGAAAUAUUCGUACUGCAAAAUAGUUAGGAAAUGAUUAUAUGUCAUACAAUAUCUGGAUUUAACUACCUGUUUAUGAAUUAUGUUUCAGUUUGCUGGUAUUCAAAUGUCUAAAUGAUUUGCAUAAAUAACUAUAUGGAUAUAGCUGGUUCACAUUUAUGAACAGAUUUGUCAUUUACUAAUUAUUUAAUCAUAGCUAAUAAUAAUCUGAAAGAUGGAUCGUGAGUAAAAGUAGGAAAGUUUAUGACAAAAAGAAGGCACAUAUCAGACUACAGUAAAAGACACCAUGUGCAUUUAUUCAUCAACACUAUCUUUUUGAUUGAUCGCUAAAAAGAUCAAGCGCGAUAAAUUUUAUACAAAGUCUACUGUUAGAAAAUGGACUCUAAAAAAAAAGCUAAAUCAUUUUUGAAAGUUCCAUUAUUCAUUGAUCGAAUUUCAAACAGUUAGAAAAUAUUUAAUUCUCGAAACGAUUCAUUUUGAAAAAAAUGAAAAAACAACAGUAGUCUUAGAAAAUAUUCAAAAUUGUAUUCCUAUACUGAGGAAUUCAUCGUUAAUAACAUUUUAUAAUUUCUUGAUAUUCAUAUAUCUAUUCAACAUGUUUUCAGAUCAUUCGUAUUAUUUUCUUAUAGAAGACUUAAGAGUGAGUUCCUGAGAAAAUCAGCCACUAUUGUCCAUCGACAAUGAAGGUACCUCUCAGAAUUCGCGGAUUUUUUUGAUAUAUUAUAGAGGAUAGUGAGUUUAGUAUUUCUUGAAAUUUUCAACUCGAUCUGAUUACUUUUUCCCACACAAUCAAUCAAAAUACUAACGAAAUUUUUAAUAAUUUUUAAUAGUGAUUUUUUACCAGUUUUUACUCUCUAAAAUAAAAGGAGUUUUGCAGAACCCCUCGAAAAGGUUCUGUAGAUUACUAAAAGCAUCCAAAUGUGUCCAAAGUCUCAAAAAAAGGGUAAAAAAUUAGACAGAACCUUUAGGAGGUUCUGCG